GUCAACGUACAGUGCGUCGUCUGACGCUCGAGCAUCGAACAAGUAAGCUCGUCUGCCUCCUCACUCACCGCAGCCUGAAACAGACUCAUAACAAGAUGGCGGUGUCGAGAAGGCUCCUGGCAACAGGAGCAGUUCUUGCGGCGGUCGCAACCCUCCUGACGCAGGCGGUGAUCUUACCCGAGAGGAAAGCACGCAUAGUUUGUUACUUCUCAAACUGGGCCGUGUACAGACCUGGCAUUGGUAGCUACAGGAUCGAGGACAUGCCGGCUGAAAUGUGUACCCACAUCGUCUAUUCCUUCAUUGGAGUCUCGAAUGUAACGUGGGAAGUGCUGGUCUUGGAUGAAGAGAACGACAUCGUGAAGAACGGCUUCGCGAACUUCACGGCCGUUGCGAAGUCGAAGGCCGGAGUUUACUCGAUGCUCGCCAUCGGCGGCUGGGGGGAGGGCGGCAAGAAAUAUUCGCAGAUGGCUCAGGUGCCCCAGCGGCGCACGUCUCUCAUCCGCAGCAUCGUCAAGUUCAUGAACACGUACGGCUUUGAUGGCUUCGACCUUGACUGGGAGUACCCAGGAGCAACGGACCGAGGCGGCGGGUUCAAAGAUAAAGAUGCAUUCAGGGAUUUCGUGAAGGAGUUACGCGAAGCUUUCUACGUCGAGAACAAGGGCUGGGAGAUCUCCAUGGCCGUACCGGUAGCGAAGUUCCGGCUGCAGGAAGGCUACCACGUACACGACCUUUGUUCGAUGUUGGAUGCUAUCCACGUGAUGACUUAUGAUCUACGAGGCAACUGGGUUGGCUUUGCCGACGUUCAUUCGCCCCUCUACAAACGGCCCUUCGAUCAGUGGGCCUACGAGAAACUCAACGUGAAAGACGGUCUGCAGUUGUGGGUAGACGAAGGCUGUCCUAAAGACAAGCUCAUCGUCGGGGUGCCGUUCUACGGCCGCAGUUUCACCCUGGGCAGCAAGGACAACACCGACCUGCGCGCGGGCAUCAAGAAGUGGGAGGGGGGCGGCAAGCCCGGACCUUACACAGGCGCUAAAGGAUUCCUGGCUUACUACGAGAUCUGCCCCCUAGUGAGCGACGCCAACUCUGGCUGGACCAAGAAAUUCGACGACGUUGGAAAAUGCCCCUACGCCUAUGCAGGUGACCAGUGGGUUGGCUACGAAGACGUCGAGAGUUUGCAGAUUAAGAUGGACUUCAUCAGGGCUCAGGGAUAUGGCGGCGCCAUGACUUGGGCGAUCGACAUGGACGACUUCCAAGGCACCUGCGGCCCCGUCAACCCUCUCAUGACGGUCCUCUACAACUCCAUGAAGAACUACGUCGUGCCGGUGCCCCCUGCCCAGCCUCCUAAACCCAGUAAGCCUUGGGAAACUCCGUGGGAAGGUCCAACUCGGCCAUCUUCGUCUGGCGGCUCAGCACCAACUCAAGCUCCUGUGCCCACGCCAUCACGCACCACUCCUGCCGCCACGACGCCCUCCUCGGCUGCCCCUGUCUCCGUCCUAGCUACCACGCCUGAUCACGGCCCUACGCAGGCUCCUGAAUCUUCACCUCCUGGUGUCGGCCAACAAAAAAUGGACUGCACUCAGCAGCAAUAUUUCCCUCACGAUCAGUGCGAUAAGUACUACUGGUGCGUGCACGGAGAUCCUGUGGUGCAGUCAUGCAAGCCAGGCACCUACUGGGACCCUGAGAAGAGCAUAUGCAAUUGGCCCUCUCAGAUCCGCAUCACGUCGUGCACGGCACAGGAAGGCUGAACUGCGACGCUUCGUGGUCUUCAAACAUUGAAUGGAACUCGUCCCCUUCCAUUCAUCUUCCCAAUAAAUGAAAUACACUAUUUUCAAACUCAUUUAAUAUCUUUGAUAACUAUUUAGCUAUCAUAAACCACGCCAAUUUAUGAUACCACGGCUGGCUCUUUAGACCAUGACAAAGAAAAUUCCUGUGCAAAAAAGGAGCAUUAACAUUUUUUAAUAAAAAAUCGAAAUCUAACAAGUUCGCUGGCAGGCGACAAUUAGUUUGAGGUUACAGCAAGCAUUAAAUUCAUACAUACCACGAAUCCAUAGUAGUAAAUGAACCACACCGAGCCACGACCUGCCAGUCGCGAGGUCUUGGGAGGAAAUAAUUUGACUGAGUUUCGGAGAAUCACAAAAAUAAUAGUGCAUAACAAGCACCUUAUAAAGUAUAUUAACAUUUACAAGUGCACCUGUAUAUUCCUGUCGAGUUUCAAUAGUCUUUUGUCCAACAGUUAUUUAUGGACGCCUCAUUUUCCCCUUUUCAAAGUUUAAGAAGCGGUAAAAACGGUACCAAUUAUUACUUCACACAAGAAAGUCAACAUCAGCUAAAGCUUUAGCAGCCACAGGUUCCUCAUAUUGAAAAAAAAUAGCAAUCAACUAAUAUUAUUGAACUCUUUUACAAUUAAAAAUUGAAGUAAUAAAUUUAAUCUCAUUAGUUUCUUCACUGCCCACUAACAAUUUUCGCAAUUAUUCAUUGCAAAGCACAACGAUUCGAUUCAUCGCGUCGCUCGGUGUUGCCCACAGAGACUGGCAAACUGUGCCCAGCGACAACAAAACUCGCAUGAUUGCAGAGCUUAUCCGAAGAAAUAGCCCGUGAACGACACUUUUUCUCGAAAUGUGACCUUAGUUAAAUUAAGUUAAACGAUUUGGUCUCCUCCGAAUGAAGUGCGGAAGGCGAUUCAUGUACCGGUGUCAAUAUUGAUUCUGUCAUCGUAUUGUUCUAUUGGAGAUGCUAAUCAUUUUGCGAGAUUGAAAAGAUUGAAAGUGUUCGCUAUGAAAUUGGGAAUUCUACCAUCACUUAUACAUUAUUCUUUAAUCUUUACUAAUCACGCGUCAUGUUGGCCACAGCAUAGGGGGACAUGGGGUCAAUUCCUUCAUGGAGUCUGUCUUGGAAGUGAAAUUUAAAUUGAAAAUUUUUAAAACAAAUCAAUAUAAACACUUAAAAAUCCAUAAAUUGGCGUCAGAUAAAUGUCAGUUAGAUUAGCCGCUUCUUUAUAAUGUACUUAGAUUAUUGACGUAUUGCUGGGUAUAUUCUUUAGAAUUAGCCGCAAUUGCUAGGUAGAAUUUCUCAUCGGACUGUAGUUUUCUAACUUGUAAUUCGCUUCGUUUAUUGUAUGAAACAAUAAAGCACUAUUCCUA